UGUACCCACAGCACCCAGUCUGCGCCAGCGGCUGCAGCAAGCAGGGAACAACUGAAUGCUGUCCGCUUGUGCUAUGCAGAGGGGUUCCACCUGUACAAAGUGCCUCCUCUUAUCUAAGAUUAAAAGUGACCAGAAGCGAGGGCAGAUAGCACAAAGUCGUGAUGAUGCUCUGAGGGAGCCGGCUUACUGUUUGAAAGGGACCACCGCAGAAUGUUUUCAAGUCUACAGCAUUUGUUUUCACAGUAAACUGCAGCAGCCGCAAAGGAUCUUUAAAUGGAGCAUAACCACAUCUUCAACACCAGCUCCCUUCUUUCCCAUAGCAUGCAUGGUUGUGGACUGGGAUAUGUGCCUAUUGUUUACUACAGCAUCCUGCUUUGCCUAGGACUACCAGCGAACAUCUUGACUGUGAUCAUCCUGUCCCAGCUGGUAGCCCGCAGACAAAAGUCAUCUUAUAAUUAUCUUUUGGCCCUGGCUGCAGCUGACAUACUGGUACUGUUUUUCAUUGUAUUUGUGGAUUUCCUACUUGAAGAUUUUAUUCUGAACAAGCAAAUGCCUCAUGUGCUGGACAAAGCGAUAGAAAUUGUGGAAUUCUCCUCUAUACAUACAUCCAUAUGGAUUACUGUCCCCUUAACAAUUGACCGAUACAUUGCUGUGUGCCACCCACUUAGGUAUCAUACUGUGUCCUAUCCAGCUCGUACUCGAAAAGUCAUUAUUUGUGUCUACUUUACAUGUUUUACAACAAGCAUUCCCUACUACUGGUGGCCCAAUAUUUGGAAUGAAGAAUAUACAAGCACUUUUGCGCAUCAAGUUCUUAUCUGGGUCCACUGUUUCACUGUUUAUUUGGUGCCAUGCUUUAUCUUCUUUGUCUUAAAUUCAAUAAUAGUUCACAAGCUCAAAAGAAAAAGCCAUUUUAGACUGCGGGGAUACUCCACAGGGAAAACCACUGCAAUUUUGCUCACUAUAACCUCAAUAUUUGCUAUACUUUGGGCACCAAGGAUAGUAAUGAUUCUUUAUCAUCUGUAUGUGUCUCCUAUAAAUAACAGCUGGCUCAUACACAUCAUAUCAGACAUUGCCAACAUGUUAGCCUUGUUAAAUACAGCCAUCAACUUCUUUUUGUAUUGUUUUAUCAGCAAACGAUUUCGCAGAAUGGCAGCUUCAUCCCUGAAGGCUUUUUUUAAGUGCCAGAAACAACCAGUGCAAUUUUAUACCAACCAUAACUUCUCAAUAACUAGCAGUCCUUGGAUUUCACCUGCAAAUUCUCACUGCAUUAAAAUGUUGGUUUACCAGUAUGAUAAAAAUGGAAAGCCUGUAAGAAUAUCUCCUUAAGAAGAUGGAUUUUACAUUAGACUUUUACAACUCUUUAAGUUUGGACAGUAGUGUUUUACAACAUUGUCUAAACAAAUUCUCCCAAUAUUUGGACUGGAAUUUUAACUGGCAUGUUUCAUAUUUAAAUGAGGAUUAAGGUAUUAAAAUUUAUGUAUGUUCUCAAAAUGUAAUUAUUUUACAAAGUACAACUAAAACUAAUGGUACCUCUUUUCCAGUUUGAUAUACAGUGUUUACCUAUUUCUGUUUUCAUUUUCCCCAGGCUGUAUCAUUCGGAUAUUUGUACUGAGUAUUAAGGUUAGCAAAUUAAAGGCCUGAACAUUUUAUAAUGUAUCUUUAGAAAUUAAUCUGCAUAUAUAUUUUCAUGAAAUUCUGAAUGAAAGUUUGCCUAUGUUUCAGUAGUAUACAAAGGAACCUUAAGCACUAAGUCAUAAUCAUUUGGAAUAUGUGAGAGGCACACAUAUCAUCAGAUUGUGCCCCUUGCUAUUGGUGCUACAUAUCAGAAUAAUCUCUGAUAUAUAGGGCUCUCCAGUGGGUACACUGUACCCCUACAAUGGAAACUAUUACAUUAGAAACUAUUACUGCGUCGCCUGAAUCUGCAGCAAACAUGUUCUUUCAGUUUCCCCUUGAGCAAAAUGACCAGAGCAUUCACAAAUUAUUAUACGCUUAACCCAUAGAUGCUGGGAGUCCUCACCUACCCAGCACCCCCCUUUUUGGCAGAGAACUUCUACUUUCACUUACAGCAGUGAUGGUACUGAUUAGAUUCCCCAGACUAGACUUCACUUAACCCAGUGUCAAUCUCACUGUUCAGUCUACCCUCAUUCAACAGGAAGGAUGGGAGCUGUUGGCAUACUCUGUAUUUAUCAUUGUUAUAGUUAUUCUCCCCAACUUACCCCCCCCCCACUCACACACUCUUAUUAACAGGGACAAGGCCCCCUUACAACUCUUUCUACCUUUUUGUAGCAAAAAGCAUCCUUCUGACAGCACAUUUGUCUUGACAGCUGUUGGAUUCCAAUUCAGUGAUGCAUUCAUGAAUAAAAUCUAACAACCCCCCCCCCCCCACAUACACCAGCAACAGCAAACAAUUGUCUACAACCCCCAUUUCCUUAUUAGAUAGAACUUUGUGAUAGUUAAAAAAACUGGCAGCCUGGUCAGCAUGCUGAUGAAUAUGUUGGAAUCCUUACAUGAACCCAGAUGUUGUGUUGGUCACCUACUACCUGAUACCCCAUUUGGUUACUUAGAAAUAUGAAAUGCCUACACUAAUUCAGUGCACAGUAAUUAUGUUUAAGAAUAUGGUCUUAGCAAUGCUGGAUUUGUAAGUCAUGCUAGCCAUUUGCUAGAGCGCUGCCUCUGAGCUAACCCUCACCUCCCAUCUCUCACUACGUAGUAGGACCAGACUAUGCCUGCAGUGUUUUCUACAGUGUACUGCUGAGCCCUUGUGAACUACAACUGUUCCCUUUUUGCAGUCAAAAUCCAUUGCAAACUAGGCUUUGUAUUUAUUUCUCUUUCUGUGUAUCAGAAAGACAGCAAGAUUCUUAUACCCUAGAACAGCUACACAUCGAUUUGCUUUCUUACAUUAUAAAAUAAAUAGCUGCUGCUAUGAAGUACACCAUGCUAUAAAAGAAAUGAAAACACUGCACUGAAACUUAUUUUUUCUUUCUAAUCUUUCAAGCACUAUAGCUAUGAAUUAAUUUAUUGGUAUACUGAAAUAUGUG